AUGGACUACACUAAAUAUGGGGAUAGUCAGUCCUAUUCGAAUUACAUGAACGACUAUGCUCGAUUAUACCAAGAAAUCUUCACAAAUCGAAGCUAUAACAAAUUGAUGUCGCCGGUUUAUGGGUUAAUGCCGGAUAAUAUAUCUGAAUCUGAUACCCCGCCGCUCAACAUUCAAAUAAAGUUGUUCUACAUUCAGAUUGUUGGAUUGGAAGCCCAGACGCAGGUGCUGUCGACGAUCUACCAGAUAAAAAUGAAGUGGCGAGACCCCCGACUCGCUUGGAAUCCAGAAGAUUACGGUGGCAUUAAGCAAAUAUACCUCAGCGAGAGUUUGCUAUGGCUACCGGAUACGAAUGUUGGCACUGCCACCGGCGCCUCCAUCACGCGCCCGGACGAAAUUCGAGCCCUCCAGGUCCUAAAUACCGGGCGCGUCAAAUGGCCCACGCAAUAUUUUACCGAGAAUAUCUGUAGGAUGCAGGUAUCAAAAUUCCCCUUCGACACCCAGAUCUGCAUGAUACCGUUUUUAACCUGGGCCUAUGAGGCAAAAUUCCUCAAUCUUACUGGUUCGAUGAGUGAUAUACAGAUUCAAAAUCAGGGCAAUGGCGAGUGGGACUUGAUAGACCUAAGUACAAUCUAUACGUCGUACGGUCAGGGUGAAGAUGGGAUUGCCAAGAUGAACUACCAACUAACGCUCCGAAGAGUUCCGAAUUUCUACGUCUACGUCAUCGCAAUCCCAUGUUUUAUUCUCACGAUGCUCUCGGCUGUUGGAAUGUUUUGGACUCCAAACUACAAGGCGGAACAGUUGACCAAGCUUGGCAUCGGCCUGACCAGCCUCGUCUCUAUGACCGUACUCCUGCAAAUGCUAGCAGAAGCCAUCCCGAAGACGGCUGCUUUCCCGUUGUUAGGUAUCUACGUAGUCCUAUGCGUAGGAAUAACCUCUUUAUCAUGCGUGCUGGUCGUCGUUUUCCCGCUCGACAACUACCACCGGAAAUCGAACCUAGACGUUCAGAGGUCGAUUGAGAAGCAGAAAUCCAUGGAUUCUAGGUCCUUAUUCAAGCUCUACGUCAACGAACACAUCUUCACCCGACACUUCACCUUUCAUGUCAUCUUCCAGCUUAUCAACCUCAUCGGAUUUAUUAUAUUUUUGUCGUUUUGGAAU